UCAAUGUCAACUGUCAAUAUAAAGCGAAAUAUUCGUCCGUUUUUGUUUUUAUGUCUGCAUUUUUUAUAGAUUUGCAAGAUAUCCUCACUAAAAUAAUAUGUAUUUAAAGUACAAACUGAAUAUAAGGUAGCACAAUCUAAAUUUUGAAAAUUACAAGUUAUAGAUUAAUUAUAACACACAAUAAACCAUGGCAUCGACGCCUCUGCGAAGACUGUUUCACUGGGGUCCAAUUGCGGUCAUCGGUAUAAUAUCGCUGAUAACAUGGGCGAUGAUCCACCACUGCGGCAUGUACUGGCCGCCGCACGCGUCCGUCUCCGGGGCCGUCAACUCGGCGCUGUUCCUGGCGCUGGCCGCCGCCACACUGUACUUCUUCCUCCAGUCACUGCUCGAGGGACCGGGGUUUGUGCCGCUCGGGUGGAAGCCUGAGAAUGAAGAAGAAGCUGUCUAUUUACAGUACUGUACAGUGUGCAAUGGUUAUAAGGCUCCCAGGUCCCAUCACUGUAAAACAUGUGGUCACUGUGUGAUGAAGAUGGACCACCACUGUCCGUGGAUCAACUGCUGUGUGGGUCACCGCAACCAUGCAUACUUCAACCUGUUCCUCAUGGCCGGAGUCAUAGGCUGCGGGCAAGCCUCUGCGGUGCUAAUCUGCAGCAUGUACCACGCGAUCAGCCGGCCGCCGUACGCCCGUGGGACGCCCUUCGUUCACGUCACACUCACCACGCUGCUGCUCUCGCUGCUCGCUAUAGGCAUGGCCGUCGGGGUGCUGCUGGCCGUUGGGGCGCUGUUUUAUUUGCAGAUGCGCGGCAUCCUGCGCAACCGCACCACUAUAGAAGACUGGAUCAUGGAGAAGGCGAACGGGCGCCGCGAGGAGCGCGGGCUCCCCCCCUUCACCUUCCCCUACGACCUCGGCCGGAAGAGGAAUCUAGCUUCUGUGUUCUUGGGAGACAAAGACUUCGACGGGCUGAGUUGGCCAGUCAGAGAGGGUUGUGGAAAAUAUGAUCUCACUAUCGAGCAAAAAGCCCAGAAAGCCGAGAAACUGCAACGCUCUCGUCUCUUCACGUGCACUAGUGACUACUCUGGUCGUUGGUUCCCGCUAUUGUCGUGGUGGCGCGCGGCGCUGGCGGCGCCCUGCCAGGCCGAGCCACGGCUACCGUUGCAACCGGGGGAUACGGUCAGGGUUACCAGGCAACGGAGACACUGGUUAUUCGGUGAGAAGCUCCUCCUAAGCGGCGGCGACGCGCGCGGGCCGCGGGGCUGGCUCCCCCGCGGUGCCGUCGUGCCCACAGAUGAGCUGGAGAAACGGAAGCCGGACUAGUCUGUGUUGGGGGGUGUAGGCUGUGUUGUCUAUGGUACAACGUGUUGUCUACAGCCGCGUACAGACCGGCCCAACGAACGGGUUUCGUUGACCUUCGUUGCUGCAAUCUGCCCUGUAUUAUGUAUGAUAAAUAUCCAUCGUUGGGAUAACCGUCGUUGGGCGUUCGUUGGGCCGUUCUGUACGCAGCAUCAGACACAUUUUGUCUAUUGCUGGCAUCACACUUGGCUAUUCGUAUUUGCCAAAACUGCCAUGUGUGGUCACUGGUCAGUAUAUUUGUCAACAUUAUUAACGAAUUACUUACAUCAUUACUUAUAAUAUGUAUUUGGCAAAUACUACAAACAUCCAAUUACAAAUAGCCAAGUGAGGUAGCUGUAGCAGCAAUACAAACAAAUUUAGUGAGUCUUGUUGAUUUGGAUGUGAAAUUUUAUUGUGUAAAUUUGUUAAUUUAUACGAGUUUAGACGACGCUAGAUACAGUAGGAUAUAGGGAUUUUCCUAUUAUUUAUAUGAAAAUUUCUACGCUAACGCACACUACGAUAUACGCUAAUAAGACUCAUGAAUUCAACUACGUAUUUUAAGGCUGAUUUAGAAUGUUUAUGUCUGAUUUACAAUGCCUUCAUAUGGUUACCUGUGGGAUAAUAAUAGAAUUUGUGGAACAGGUUCACCCUUAAUACAGAAGUAUUCAUCGAGACAGGGUAAUCUUGCUACGGCAAACGUACAAAAAAAAUCAAUAAUGCUAUAGCAUUAAUUUGUUCAGAUACAUUAUUCGUUUAUAGUAAGGUAAUCAUUUAUUUCGUAUGUAUAUUG